AUGGACAACAUCAAGUACCGCUUUCCUUCCGCCGCCUCUGUCGCCUGCGCAGGCUGCGGUCUCAGGCUCCUCCGUCGGAAUCGAGCAGUUCCCUCGGCAAGGUCCCCGCCCCGCAAGCUCCUGGAGGUCUUCGACGCCAAUAAUUUAGCUUCUGAUGGUAGGUGCUACUUCAAAAUUGUGUCCCCAGACUACUUCAAACAGCUCUGGGCUACGAUUAGACCGAUGAAGUAUCUAGGUGGUGUGCGCGAGGAUAGGUUCAUCAAAGACGAGCUAAAGACGAUGCAGGCAUUCUUGGCGACUGCAGAAGCAACGAAGCACAGAGAUAUGCUACUCAAGGUGUGGGCGGAACAAGUAAGGGACCUGUCCUACAACAUAGAAGAUUGUCUAGAUGAGUUUAUGGUUCAUGUGAGGAGCCAAAGCCUGACAAAACGGUUGAUGAAGCUCAAAGAUUGUCGCCGGAUCGCUGUACAAAUUCGCAACCUGAAAACAAGAGUUGAAGAAGUGAGCAAUAGGAACACACACUACAACUUAAUCAAGAUGGAGAGCUCCAGAACCAUUGAUGAGGUAGAUUCCUACUCAGAAGAUGCUCGCAAUCAAAUGUCUAGCAACAUCGAUGAAGGAGAACUUGUGGGCUUUGCCAAGCCUAAGAAAGAGUUGUUUGAGCUGGUGGAUGUCAACACUAAAGAUGGUCGUGCCAAAGUUAUAUGUGUCGUUGGCAUGGGUGGUUUGGGCAAGACUACUCUUGCAAGGAAGAUAUAUGAAAGUAAGGAGGAUAUUAUGAAUAAUUUUUCUUGCUAUGCUUGGAUCACAGUCUCGCAGUCAUUUUUCAAGAUAGAGAUGCUCAAGGAUAUGAUCGCGCAACUUCUAGGUGUCGAGCCACUGAAGAAAUGCUUGAAGGAACUUCAAGGGAAGGUGAUGCAAGUAAAGUACCUCGCCGAGUACCUCAGAGAAGAGCUCAAGGAUAAGAGGUACUUCAUUGUUCUUGAUGACUUGUGGACCUUAGAUACGUGGAGGUGGAUUGAAGAUAUUAUCUUUCCUAGUAGUAACAAGAAAGGUAGUCGAAUAGUCGUAACAAUGCGAGAUGUUGGCUUAGCAAAGGAAUGUACUCCUGAAUCCCUUAUCUAUCACCUUAAACCCUUAGAUUCAGUUGAUGCGACAAAUUUGCUUAAAAAAAGUAGGAAAUUGCAUGAAGACACGGAGAAAGAUGAGAAGUUCAGGGACUUAGUUGAACGACUAGUUAAAAAGUGUGGUUGUUUACCACUGGCUGUACUCACAAUUGGAGGUAUCCUCGCCACUAAAAAGGUUGUAGAGUGGGAGAAGGUCUAUAACCAACUCCCCUCAGAGCUUGAGAGUAACCCAAGCCUUGAAGCAGUUAGGAGGAUUGUUAUUUUGAGUUACAACCACUUGCCAUCUCAUCUCAAGUCAUGUUUGUUGUACCUAAGCAUCUUUCCUGAGGAUUGGGAAAUCAAGAUGAGGCGUGUAGUAGAAAGAUGGAUUGCUGAGGGGUUUGUUAGAGUGAGGACUGGGUUUAACAUUGAGGAUGUGGGAAAAUCUUACUUUAAUGAGUUGAUUAACCGAAGCCUGAUUCAAGCAUCAAGAGUAAGCAUAGAAGGAGAUGUAAAGAGCUGCUGAGUCCAUGAUAUUGUGCGUGAUUUCAUCGUCUCAAUUUCUAGAGAUGAAAAUUUUGUGUACGUGGCAGGAGAUGAUGUAACUAGUGUUACAGAGGAGACCCUCCGCCAUGUAGCAUGCCAUGGUAGCAAGUGCCAAAACAUAGACAUGGAUUUUAGCCAUGUCUGGUCAUUGACCGUUUUCGGUGAGAGGCCCUUGGUGCAAUCACUUCCAGUGAGUUCACCUGAUUUGAGAAUGCUCAGAGCCUUGGAUCUAGAGAAUGCACAGUUCCGAGUCACACAAAAAGAUAUCAACAACAUAGGAUUGCUACGCCAUCUGAAGUAUGUGAAUUUUUAUGUUCCUGGAGGAAAUUCAUAUAUCUAUAAACUUCCAAGAUCCAUAGGGAAGUUACAAGGCUGGCUCAGUUUGAACAUAAGAGAUAGUUAUAUUACAGAAAUACCAACUGAGAUUUGUAAUCUCAAGAGCCUACAUAGUCUUUGUUGUACUAGAGCAAGCAGCUACAGAUUCUUUGACAUGGAUAAUCCUAAGGAUUGUCUGGGGAGCACAUUUUCUUUUCCAAUGGUAUUCACACCUUUGGUUCUUCCUAGUGUUCGUGCCGAGGUGGUUGCUGAACAACAGAUGGGUUGAUCUAGCUGUUGGUCCAGGUCCAUAGGUGUGAGGGUGCCAAGAGGAAUCGGCAACCUAAAAGAGUUGGAAAUACUAGAGGUCGUGGACAUCAACCGAACCAGUAGGAAAACCGUUAAAGAGCUAGGUGGGCUUGUGCAGCUGAAGAAACUAAGUGUGGCAACAAAAGGGGCCACCAAGCAAAAAUGCAAUGUACUCUGUGAUGCCAUUCAGAAUCUCUCCGCACUCCACUCUCUUCACGUAAGGGGUUCUAUGUUUCCUACCUCGGAUGGAAGUGGAACACUCGAGUGGCUGCAUGUGGUUUCCUCUCCUCCCCUGCUGAGAACUCUGAAGUUGUAUGGAUACCUUGGGGAGGUUCCUGUCUGGUUUGGCAGUCUGAUGCAUUUGGUGAAGCUUCACUUAGAGGACAACCAACUAACGGAAGAAGGUAAGCCCAUGGAAAUACUAGGGGCACUGCCUAACCUCAUGCUCUUUAGUCUUGGAUGGAACUCUUACAUUGGUGAGAUCCUAGUUUUCAGAACUGGAGCAUUCCCAAAUCUCAAAAAACUUUUUAUUUUCAGAGCCAGCCUGCAUGAUUGUCUGAGAGAGGCGAACUUUGAGGAUGGCACCUCACCUCGCAUGGAAAUGAUUGAAAUAUCUAAUGCGUUGUUGAAAUCAGGGAUUAUUGGUAUCAAUUGCCUUCCAAGGCUCAAGGAGAUUUCACUUGGCUAUGGUGGUAAAGUGGCCAAUCUUGCUGUGCU